GCGAUGUGACAGGUGUGGCGAUGCAGGAAGCUUCUUGUCGGCGCGGGGGGCAUUUGGCCAAAAAUCAAGUCAGCAGUUGUUGCCACCCGGCAUAGCGAAUAGCAGAGGCUUCUCCACAACGUGGUCUGCUUCGGGCAGCUGGUCCACUGCCGCGCAUGAUCAGUGCCGUGUUGGAGCACCCCCUCGCCAAAGUCGAGCGGAGGACUUCCGACAGCUGUCGCACAUAGAUAGCUUGCGGAGAAGCAUGCGUUCAAAGAAGUCGCUGUCUUCAUCUUGCACGCGUUUGGAGCCCAUUCCGCGCGUUCCAACACCUACUCGUCCGGCAUCCCGGGAUGCAAAUGCACCACGGCUUGCACAGACUGCUGCGGCUGUCUCCUUCACUAUGAAGUUGCGGGCGACAAGCGCUGCAGAGCUGAGAAAGGUCCUUGCGCUGCAACGCUCCGGGACCCAGGCUGCCCUGCCGCCUUUGACCGCGGCUCCAUCUUCGAAGAAGUUAAUGCUUGCGGUUCGAAGGAACUCCGGUGCCGGCAAAGGAGGACGUCCGAGUUCAAGGUCUUCAUCUUCUAGGCCCGUGACCCCGGACACCCAAAGCUCAACGCCGCUUGCCCGUGAUGACAUCAUGGAUCACGUGGCAUUGGCUGAGAAGUCUUUGCCCGGGUGGGUUGCAGCUCAGGCCUUCCUAGAUCGAGCAUGCUCGGAUGGAUGCGGUAUUUCCAAGCAAGAGCGGCUUCGCAUAAGACAGGUCUUCGAGCGCUUCAAAGAUCAGAACGCCCACGAGAUCCAUCGAAGCAUGGAUGGUGAUGCAUCCCGGCGCUCCGUCAAAGCUUCCAACUUCCUUCCUUUCGAUUUCCUUACUGCUCUCGGCAGUGAGGGUGUGAAGUUCCUUGCUUUCAAGGUGAGUCCAGAUUUAGACUGGGCGGAGUCACUGCAAGGGGCCAAGCUCCACAUCAGCCAAGAGGGGGAGGUGUCCUUGGAAGCGCCAAGAUGCAAAGAGGAACUGGGCAUCCGCCCUUCAGAGAGCGAGUGGAGUCAGCUUCUAUGCCUCGCACCGCCCAAGCAGGGCUUAGCCAAGCUGAAGAUCUGCGGCCGUGUGGAUGCUGUUCUGCAGCUUCACCGGACGAGCAAGAUUUUGUCUGCUGCUGAUUCUGCGGCGCGGAUAACCCAAGAGGAACUCAGUCGGCAACAAGAUGCCGGCAACAAGGCGAAGAGAGGACAGCGCAAAGCCGAGGCAAAACGUCGCGCUGAGACUCGCAGUCGCUGCCAGCUGCCGUCCUUGUCGGAUGCGCUGUGCGGAGUGGCUUGGGACUUUGGGCGAGAGCUGGAGCCCAUCUACAGAGAGGAUGCCUGGGAUGGCAGUGGCCACGCUCCAGAGGUGGUCAGGCGAGAAUCCACAGUGAGCAAGGGCAUUCCUGCCGAGAUGUUGGGCUUGAAGCUCAAGAUGAAGGUCGUUGAGCUGGAGGCCGGGCAAAGUCUGAAAGUGGCCUUCUGGAGUAUGGGCAACUUCUGCAUGGAUGGCCUGGAGUCGGUUACUUUUACCAGCUACCAACUCGAACGUCCAGGUGCAAAGGGCAAGGCGAGGCUCCAGCUGACCGGAAAGGCUUCGGAUUCACCGGGCCUCCACGUUUUGGGGCAUCCGGCGAAGGUCUUCCCGCCCUUUGAUGACCUGACUCUGAUCGCGGUGCAUCUGCCGGAAUCCCGGGAGCUCCAGAUCUGCCCUUGCGCGCUCUUCAACAUUGAGAUCGACCGCCAGGGAAAGGGCUACUCAGACCCGAAUGAUCCCGUAAACCUCAACAGAGAGGAGGAGCCGGUUCCGGAAGAGGACACGGGCCCAAUGACGGCCAAGCAGUACCGGGACAAGCGCAAGCUGGCGAUUGAAAGUUUUGGUACUGCGAAGAAAAUGAGAAGCUUUGGCCAGGUUGCUGAGCGUUUGGACAGGGAUCUGGAAGUGGCAAAUCUCGAGCAGUACACGGGAAGCAUCAGUGCAAGAGUGGAAGAGCAACUGAAGCUAAAGCAAACUGCCGAAGAGAAGGACGAAGAGACAAAACGGGAGGUGUUGCCACCGUUCAUCCGGUCGGAUGACCCCCAGAAGAUCUACGUGGACGGCUUGCAGAGCAUCGUGUCUGAUGAGGCUCUGGAAAACGAGGAAAGCCUGCCAGCUGAAGGCGAGGAUAUGUCAAGGAAUAGGCAGACACGAAGUGAAACAGACACUGGGCCGGCUAGAAACGAAACGUGUUUGCCGAUGACGCAAACGACCUUCAUCCCGGGCCAUGUCGGUUGUGACGGGGCAGCAGUGGAGCCCAAAAAACUUGGAGCCUCAUCUGCAGAGCCCUGCAGCAAUGCUACCGAUGCUCCCGAAGAUCGAGAGGAGGAAGACUUGGAGAAUGCGGGCAUGAUCGAAAAGAAGCAGCCGGGAACCGUGGAAGACACGGAGCCUCGCUCCUUUUGGAUCGCCUGUGGUGUCCUUGUGCACUUGGCAUGGGGCACCUAUCCCGUCUUCGCUCGCUACAUGCAGGUGAUGUUGCACAUGGACGGCUUGCUCGUUCUCAUUGUGGCAAACUUGGUGUCCUUCGUUGUCGUCCAGACCGUCACUUGCCAUGGCUUGGGGGAUAAGGCCGGAAGGAAGGUCGGGAUGAUGUAUGCCAUGCUCAUAACUGGCCGAGGAGUCACAAAUAUGUUAACCAGCAAGUUCACGAUUGCGUUGUACACGGGCAUCGUGACCCAGUUCGCCCCCUUCAUAGUUGCAGGGGUAUCCUGGCUGGCCUUGGGAGACCAACUCCCACGCUGCAUCCUGCCAUCGCUCAUCAUCUCAACCCUGGGUUCGCUGUUCGUCGUGCUGGGCCAGGCUGAUGCAGGUGUGUCGGUUUUUUCCGUCAAUGAUGGCAUCGGGAUUGGAAUGGCAGUUGUCUCCAUCUGUGUGAGCGCCGGGAUCCGUGUGACGAUGAAGGUGUCAAGCUCGUCGCUCUCUGGUUUCAUGCUGAAUUCCUGGCAGUACAUGAGUGCUGUUCCACAGGUGCUCCUGGCGACAGUCCUAACACCUCCGGCAGCCUGGGUGGAGACAAUGCAUUUCUCAUCGCAUCAGCUGGUGGUGCUUGGUGCUUUCAUCCUAGUGCUGCCGCUGGCCGCGAGCUACGGGCAGGUUACUUGUGUUCGCAAACUUGGGCCAUCUCUGGAUGCUUCCAUUCAGCCAGUGCGGUUGCUCUCGACGAUUGCCGGAGGCUAUCUGGUGUUAAAUGAGCCUGUGAAGACAGCCACUGCCUGGCUGGGACUAGCAAUCAUCGUGAUCACCCUCGUCGUGUACUUGGCACUGCAAAACAAGCCAGCGGCAGCACCAACUGAAUCCACUCCACAGGUCUGGAAUCCCCUUUGGUCUAGGAUCGAGCCGGACAGGAUCCGCACGUUGGCCAGGCAAACGAAGGAGAUGGAAGCCGAGUACGUACAUGGUAUUUUGGGCCUCGUGGCGACCAAAAAAACCAACGACGUGGUGGGACUAGGCGAAAUGAAGGGGAAGGAGAUCUGCGGAUCUGCCUUGGCUUUUGCUGUGCUCAAAGCCCGUCAUACGCAAGGGGCCGGCCCAGCCGAGAACCCGCAACAUGGCCUGGCCAAGGGACAAGGGCACAUCACUACGUUUAUACAGCUUCAAGAGUGUGGGCCUUGGAAGAUGUUCGCCAAGAAGCUCGGGGUGCUCAACUGGCUCGUCAUCCUUUGCAACAAGGACUGUGUUCCUCGGCAUCUUACGCCUGGUCUCUGGAUUGAUGUCACCAGCCAGGGUGCUGCCGAGUUGACGAGCGAGAAAAAUGUCCAAACGGCCGGAAGGUACAUUGGCUGCAAGGUAGAGCCCAAGAAGGAGACAGAUGGAACAUCAAGUCUCCGCGUUAUUCUAAAAGGCCCUCCCAACUUCGACGAGCGUGCGGCUGCGAAGGGAGACCUCUGUGCUGCCGCGAGGCACUUGGGCUACGUCGGUGUGAACCAGGAAGCAACAAUUCAACUCGCCAGCCAGCUGUCAGAAUAUCAUACUCUGGACCUGGAAGAGUUCGUGGUUUUCUUGGAACAGUAUACCAUGCAAGAACAGGCAGAGAUAGAAAGAAUAUUCGCCAACUACGCUGGCAAGUUCUCGCAGAAGGUUCCUCUGCGGGCUGUUCCUGCAAUGGCUCACGACCUUGGUCUUACGUCCUUGCAGGCAGCUAUUUCCGAGUCCUUCGACGCAGCCCAGCUGUCUUCCCACAAGGCGCUGUCAGUGAACCAGCUGCGGGCAUUCCUGGCGGCCCAUCUGUCCUCGGAAGGCUACACCAAGGAGGAGCGCGACCGUGCGCGUCAGGCCUUUGACCAAGCGCGUGAAGGAAAAGCCGAUCUCCCACUGCGCUGUGUGGGCGAUGCUAUGGCCCUUUUUCGAGGGGCAGAUGCUCGCCAAGAGUGGGACGAUAUAUGGCACAGGUUGGGGAAGCGCUCCAGCCCGAAGACCAACAUGAGUCUGCCUCAUACGACGCUGAUACCCAACGUCAACUUACGCAACAUCAUCCAGUCCAUCAGGGUACGGAUGCCGGCCAUUCAGUCCGAGCAGAUUAAAAGCAUCAAAGAAAUGCAGGACUUGGAGGCUAUCGUUCGGUCACUGAUGGAGGAUCAGGGAAAACUCGCUGUGACAUGCAUUGACCCUACUCGCUCACCGGAGUCAUCACCAGCUGCAUACUGCUCCUCACCAAAUGCGCCGAAUGCGCCGAACAUACCCAAGCUGCCGCCACCAGACCGUGCAAGCAUGGAAGAGCCGAUCCCUGUUCUGCUGAGCCUCCUGCGGCACGAGUCCAAAGAAGUUAGUGAGCGGGCCCUGGGUUUGAUCGAUGGUUUGGUGGCCGCAGACCCCCGGCACAGAGAUGCAGUUUGGCAUCACGGUGGUAUUCCACUCAUUGUCAGUUUGCUUCGGGGUGGUUCCUCGGAACAGCUACAACAUGCCAGCACACUGCUGCGAACCCUCGCUAGUAGCCAAGCAGAAGCGCAGAUGGCCAUUACAUGGGCUGGGGCCAUCCCUUUGCUGGUGGAGCACCUAGACCACGACUUCAGCAAGGUGCGCGUAGAGUCUGCCAAAGCUUUGUGGAGUCUGGCGCAAGGUAACAUGGACAAUGAGACAUCCAUCGUGGAGCAUGGGGGCAUCAAGCGUCUCGUGGUACUCUUAUCCGGGGGGGCCACAGAUGCCCGCGACUCUGUCCUACACCUGCUUUUGAAUUUAGCUUCGCACGACCCACUGCACCAGGACGAUAUUGACGGUUAUACGGCAAGCCUGCACCUGAUUCAGCUCCUUUCGGACGAGUCAGCAGCCAUGCGCGAGUCGGCUGCCGGUGUGCUCCAUGUCCUCGUUGCAGGCGGCCAUGCCAAAAAUGUGGCAACUGUGUCUCGAAGUGGCGGCAUACGGCCAUGCAUGGAGCUCCUCAAGGACGAGAAUGCGGGAGCCCGUGAGGAUGCCGCAGGGGUCCUUGCCGCCUUGGCUAAGAAUGCCGACAAUCGAGUUCACAUGGCGGACCUCGGGGCGAUCCCGUUGCUCAUAGAGCUUGUGCAAGAUCAAGUCGGGGCGGCCGCAGCUGCCCGCAAGUAUGCUGCCACUGCCCUGGGCGAGCUGGCAGUCCGCAACUCUAAAAACAAGGAGGUUAUCGGCAAGACAGGGGGCAUUGAGGCGCUGGUGGAGCUACUCAGAGAUGGUGACCACCAAGCGCGAGGGAGAGCAGCGUCUGCGCUCUCAGAACUCUGUCAGCUCAGCGACCACAACAAGCUGUCCAUGGUCGGGGCAGGUGCCAUACCGCUACUGGUCGAGCUGCUGCGGGAAGACUCGACCAAGAAGCCAGCGAAAGCCGUGCUCGCAAGCCUUGCGGGUGAAUUCGAGGCCUCCUUGAUCAGCUUGUCUCAAGCUGUGACCGUGUCGUCCAGGCGGCAGCGCAAAGCCAAGCUGGCGGGCCAUCAUCCGCUUGGCAGCCAUGUGUCCAGCUCGCAGGAUGAGGGCGAGCCGGUGCAGGUGGACGAGUCCCGGUCAGGGCCAUCGGUGGAUUUCCACGAGUUUCUCGUUUGGGCCCGGCGCCUUGAAGUGCAGGAGUUGGCACCGAUCCGAGACGGUUUCUACCGAGUUGACAAAGACGCCGACGGCAUGGUGUCUGCAGGAGAAUUCCUCGACAUGAUCCCUUCAGAGCUGUCCUUGGUUUUCAGUUCGAAGCUGUCACAGAUCCUGUUGGAAGGCGGCAUGGCACCAGGGCAGCUGCUGAGCUUCGAUGAUGCCGUCCGGGUUCUGCGGAAUAUACGUAGCACGGGCAAUCAGACCAAGCAGGAAAUCAAAGAGUUCGAGGAGGUUUUCAAGCUGUUCGACUCGGAUAAUUCUGGCAAGAUGGAUGUUACGGAGAUGGUGGAUGUGUGCAGCCCCGAGAUGGGAGAAGACUUUGAGAACAAGUGCACCGAGCACCAAUAA